AUGGUGCGGCAGGUGUUCUCGGAUUUGAACAACUUUGAUCCAGUAUCUUGGGCCAAGGAGAGCGAAUUCUUAUGCAAAGAAAUAGCGCCCUUGAUCGGCCAGAUUUUCCACGCCGCCGUCUGCCUGUUUUGUACUUUGACGAUGCCUCGACGCGCCGUCCUGGCCGCCUAUGCGAGCGAGGCGACAUCCUACCAAGCCCUGCGAGCAUCUCAGCGACGCGAUCUUUUAGGAUUGAUCAAGGAAGGCCUCUCGAAAGUGGGAUUCGCCAACUCAAUCUCCUGGCCGAUCAUCGUGGUGGGGGUGGCGUCUGGGACCGCGCACGACGAGGCUCAAGGCGACCCCGACUACCAGGAGGUUCUGGAGACGCAGGCGUUUGUGGAGGAGCAGUUAUUCGCAGCGUGGAUGCAUCCGAUUGCACACGUGGCGAACUACUUGUUGCUGGAAAAGUUGCGCUUGUUUUGGCGGUCUGGUAAGGUGGAAUGGGAUGACUGUUUCUAUGAAGCUUCUGCAUGUUAA